GGUAGGUAAUCUAGUGGUCAAGAAUUAUAUCUACAGGAUUUUAUGCCUUAAUAUUACUGUUCCAGUUUCCCCGUAGUGCCCAAUUAGAAUAUCCGUAAUACGGAGUCUCAGUUGUCACCUGCAUCUAUUGGACCGACUGCAUAUGGCUGAGAUUAACUCCAUAUGCCCCUUGUAGCCUAUCACUAUGAGACACGGUAAACUGGCGCUUAUCGCGUUAUGGAACCCAUUGCUGUAAGUAUAGGUAGGUAAUCACGAUUCCUAAUGCACCGUUAACUGUCUGUUGUUAAUGUUAUGGCAGUUAUACUAGCCACGACUGUGAGACUUAACCAAUCCAAGCUCAGUUAAGGAGGAAAGCCCCUCAUAGACUCCGAAUUUAUUUCCUAGAAAAAAAAGAUCAACGGGAUGACUUACGUAGCUAACUUGUAUUUGAGGAUAUAAGUAUUUUUCUAUUGAGGCUCCGAAGUGUCUUACUUUAUAGAACCCCACUAAACAAGCUUGGUACGCUAGUACCACCCUAGCGCCUAAAUAAAGCUCAAUUAGCAGGGAUGCCCAUCCAACCUAACCCGACCCAACCCGUCGGAUAUCCUCGCAUCACAUCACAACCAUCACAACGACUUCCUACCUUACCUCUCUACAACCACAUACUCAAUUAACCUAACAUAAAAAAAAAUAAUGCCAUCCCACCUCCACCAACCCUCAAAAUGACAACCUCACCACAACCACAACCGCACCUCAAACCCCCCUCCUCGCCUCUCUUCCCACCAAACCCACCAAACCCGCCAAACCCACCCCUCCUCCUAACAAUCCGCUUCAGCGCCUCCAUCCCCGACCUCGACCUCGACAUCCCCCACCCCUCCCUCACAACCGUAAUAUCCCUCAAACACCUAAUCCGCCAACGCCUGCAAGAGCCCAACUCCCAGCGCCGCCUGCGCUUCAUCCACGGCGGCAAGAUCCUCCCCGACAACGCCGCGCUAAGCUCCGUCCUGCGCGCCCCCCUGCUACCACCACCACCACCACCACCACCACCGUCUCGACCCGAUUACGAUAGCAAAGGCAAAGGCAAAUCCGUCCCCGGCCGCCCCGAGCCCCCGCAGCGCAUCUACGUAAACUGCUCUAUCGGCGAUAGUCUCACAACCGCCGAGCUCGAAUCCGAAGCUACCGCCGCAGCAGCCCCUGCGCCCGCUCCAUCCGGCACCUCGUCGCCGCUAUCACGCGCUCCGACUCCUCUCCCCAGCACAUCCGCCGCGCCGCGCGGUUUCGACCGGUUGCUGUCGGCGGGGUUUACCACCGCCGAAGUAAACCAGCUGCGCCUGCAGUUCCGCAGCAUCCACGCGUCGCGAUUUACGCCGGAUACGCUGCCGUCGCCGGAUUCGUUCCGCCGGAUGGAGGAUGCGUGGAUCGAUGAUAAUGGGGCUUCGAUGCCGGCUACGGGUGCGCUUGGUGGUAGUGGGGGAGUGGGAGGCCUGAGUAAUGGUACGGAUAGCGAUGAGGUCGGACUUGUGGCUCUUGUCGAUGUGAUGAUUCGCGGUGUGGUGACGGGGUUCAUGUGGCCGCUAGGAAGCGCAGGGUGGCUUGUACGAGAGGAAGGUAUGGCGAGUGGACGGUGGAGGUUUAUGGUUGGCGUGGGUGUUAUGUUUAGUGUUUUGAUUGGGAUUAUAAGGAGUAUUUCUGGCGAGAAAUGAUUGCUCAAAAAACUGGCAUUGAAACUCUUGCGCUGGAUUGGGAUGGAUAUAUCUACGAAUACGCAUGGGAACGGCGUUGCAUUUGCAAUUAUAUCAUGGCAGGGCGUUUUAGAGCAAUUACAGUAUGAACAUAGAUGGACAAAUUGUAUCACGUUGGCAAAAGAUAAGAAGACAAGCAAGCGGGUUGGGCAUCGCCAACAAUGGCGAUACCCCCAUUCACUAUCUAAGCACACACUAGAGAAUCUAAGAUCUCAGGAGAUGGUUACGUCUCGAAAGAGACGCAAUGGAACCCUAUUAGGGUCGGUCUCUGUCAUUGAUCUCGAAACAAGUGGUAUCCCUCCCCUAAAC